GUGUCCAUAAAAAAUUGUUUGCAAUGAGAUAAAGUAGGCAUUAGCUACAUUGAUAGUUGCUAAAUUCUGCCAACGAUAUGUAGGAACAGAUUCGAAUAUUUGAAUCCGCGGGUAAAUAUUAAAGCUCGACUUUACAGUUUGUAUCAGUCGGUCAGCUAGUUUUCCUUACAUAUACCAACGACGCAGCAUAAAGUAAAACUGUUUACUAUAAGAUGGCAGCAAAACUAAUUUUAUAUAUGGCUUUUAUUUAAAAAUACAUUUAUAAUAUUUAUAUUUCGAUACUAAAACAUUCUUCAAAAUUAAGUAAUCUUAUAAUCAGAUUUUAAACAUAUGAAUCUCAUAGCCAUUUUAUUAUAGUGAAUUUUUAAUAUGGUGUAUUCAAAAUGGAAUUGUAAAUGACAUGACAAUAAGUGAUAAACUUUGAAAAGAAUGUCUAAACUAAAAACCAACUGUAUGUAUAAUACUAUUUAUUUUUUUAUAUUAUAGCAUCAUUUUUUCAUUAAGAGUAACUGUAGCCAUAAUUAUCUACAAAAAAACAUAUUCCACCAAACCGUAUUUUACCCUCCACCCUUAUCUCAAAAUAUCGCAUUUACUAAGAAAGCAGUAAUUCCUAUUGAGUCAUGCAUUAUCAGCCGAAUGCUAUGUCUCAUUUCAAACAAUUUUACCGAAAGUCGUAACCCGCAAAUCGCCGUUUCUAUUUUUAGCCACCACAUUUCAAUUCUCGCAAGCUCAUACACACACGCGCACACACAGGCAUGCAACAGCAACGACGCUCGCUUUUACUUUUUAGCGACGAGAAAUGCGGACCGCGAGCGCCGCGAGCGACGUCAUCGAUUCCUCUCCACGAGCUUGCCCCGGCCGCCGUGAGAUGUCAGCAGUCGUAUCUAAAGCUCCGCAAGUUCUUCGCGCGGAGGCUCGUUAUCGGCGGCUAAGUGAAUCUACUGCCGCUAAGACGACGCGCGAGCCAGAGUCAUCGUUGUCAAAACAACCCCGCGUUCUUCAAUCUGACUAUCUCUCUAUCGGUGUAACUUCUUCUACAUCUCGGCAGCGGACCGGGUGUCACGGAUUACGAGGCAAAGUGAGUGUCACACCCGCGCUUGAUCGUCGACGACGGGACAGCACAAGAACCCUGCGAGCGUCUGUCCUAACCUAGUAGAACUCUACUUGCGCCAUUGAGACAACGAUCGCUUCUUGCUCUUCCUCCGGCGCAGCUCGUCCGUCUUAUAUUCCGGGGGCCAGUGCGCGUGUGCGCGAGUGUGCCGGGUGCUUCUCUCUCUCUCUCUCUCUCUCUCUCUCGCGCGCGCUCUCUAUCUGUCUCUGUCGGUUUCGCGUGUAACGGGCUUCUCUGUCGCGCGCGCUGUUUUCCACCCAGUCGCCGGUCUCUCAGGCUCGACGGACAGCUGCUCGUGGCUUCGCGGCUGCUGGCUAAUUGAUAAAACGCGAGACAAAGAUCCCACUGACUUACCAACGCACGUGUGUUCCACGAGCUCGUGUGCGAACAGAGAUAGAGAGAGAGAGAGAGAGAGAGAGAGAGAGAGAGAGAGAGAGAGAGAGAGAGAGAGCGAGAGAGAGAGGAGCAGAGACAAGUGUCGCUCUGCGCCUGCUUCCUUUCGUCUAACUCAUUCACUGGCUGUACACACACACACACACACACACGUACACGGCGGCCUCGAGAGUGUGUAAGUCUGCAUUAAUUUUUUUUCCUGUUCGGCUGGCGCAACCUGUCAUUUUCUAUCUCCUGGCAAAAGUGCGGUGACAAGCGCGUCAAAUCAUCCGCGAGACGAUCGUCCAGUCGCAGCGUAGUCGUCGUCGGUGUGUGCGACGUGCACGGUGAGAAAGCUGUUAUCGCGCGUGAUCGAGCAAAAAGAAGGACGACCAGCAGGAGGGACACUGGAGACAACCCCCCCGACGCCAGGCAUCGAGGAUGAACGGAGGGGAAGCGACGAGCUUUUGUCGCAGAGUGGCGCAGUCAGUAAUGGCGCAGCGAUGAGUCCCCAGCCACAUCACGCAGCUGACAAUAACAACGACGCGAAGAAGGCGAAACUCGACAAGAGUCAAAAUGGCAAACCUUCUCGAGUCAUACACAUCAGAAACAUCCCCAACGAGGUGUCCGAAGGUGAGAUCAUUCACCUGGGCAUGCCCUUCGGUCGCGUCACCAACGUACUCGUCCUCAAAGGCAAAAAUCAGGCAUUUUUGGAAAUGGCGGACGAGGGUUCGGCGGCCACGAUGGUGACUUACUGCGCGUCGUGUCCGGCUCAGUUGCGCGGCCGGGCCGUGUACGUUCAGUUCAGUAAUCACCGGGAACUCAAGACCGACCAGGGACACAACAACGCCGUCGGCAGUCCCACAAACGCUAUCGCCAACACGUCGAACAACACGAGCGUACAAGCCGCGGGUCAAGGUCAGGUUCAAGGAAGUGAAACUCAGGGAGGACCAAACACUGUUCUUCGAGUCAUCGUCGAGCACCAGAUCUACCCUAUUUCCCUCGACGUUCUGUACCAGAUUUUCACGCGGUACGGAAAGGUCCUGAAAAUCGUCACAUUCACAAAGAAUGGUACGUUCCAAGCCCUCAUCCAGUACGCGGACAUGCUGUCGGCGCAAACCGCCAAAUUCAACCUCGACGGGCAGAACAUCUACAACUCGUGCUGCACGCUGCGCAUCGACUACAGCAAGAUGCAGAACCUGAACGUCAAGUACAAUAACGACAAGUCGCGUGACUACACGAACCCAACCCUGCCGACGGGCGACGCGAACCUGGACGCGGCGUCCCUCGCACUGGGAGGUGAGUUGCUGCCGCAGCUGCUCCUCGGGGCCGCGGGCUCCCAGCCGCGCGCCAGACUGCCCGUAGAGUCCAUUGCAGGCGCACCGAGCGUCUUGGCCUCGCCGUUUGCGGCGAUGCACGGCCUGCCCUCGCCCCUUACCGGGCCCUACAACGGUGUGCCACCAGCGGGUGGACUCGCUGGUCUGGGUGGCUUCAACCUCGGUGCCGGUGCCCUUGGUGUCCGCGUGCCCGGCAGCCCCCAGCCUUCCUGCGUUCUGCUCAUCAGCAACCUCAACGAAGAGAUGGUCACGCCUGACGCUCUCUUUACCCUGUUUGGCGUUUAUGGGGAUGUACAACGUGUGAAGAUUCUUUACAACAAAAAAGAUUCGGCACUGAUUCAAUUAGCCGAACCUCACCAGGCUCACUUGGCAAUGACCCACAUGGACAAGCUGAAAGUCUUCGGCAAGCCAAUCCGAGUAAUGCUGAGCAAGCAUCAGACGGUUCAGCUGCCACGUGAGGGCCAGCCAGACGCUGGUCUGACCAAGGACUACACCAAUAGCCCACUUCAUCGCUUCAAGAAGCCUGGCUCAAAGAAUUACCAAAAUAUUUAUCCUCCAAGUGCAACUUUGCAUUUAUCAAACAUUCCAGCAACGGUAUCUGAAGAAGAGAUUAAGGAAGCCUUCACAAAGAACGGUUUCACUGUGAAGGCGUUCAAAUUUUUCCCAAAAGACAGAAAGAUGGCACUCAUUCAAAUGCCAAGUAUGGACGACGCUGUGUCGGCUCUGAUUAAAAUGCACAACUAUCAACUAAGCGAGUCAAAUCACCUGAGGGUUUCCUUCUCCAAGAGCAACAUCUAACAAGACAGACCAGCCUACGAGCCGCAGCAGUGGUUCCAGCCCUACACCCUCGUUCACUAUUGGUAUCCCAGUACUGUACACGACUGAAAUGUAAAUGAACAAUGGACCACAUCUCGCUUAACUCGAUACUGACUCGUGCAUAUCAAGUACGCGAAUCAGUUCAGUUGACAAGAAGCUCCGAGAUACAUGAGAAAAACUACACAGAAACACACGAUUAAAGUUUUUCAAACGAAGUGAGACAGAAGUAACAAAAAAAGCCGAUACAAAAGUGAGGCAUGAGAACGCCCUAAUCAAGAUGCCUAUAAACAGUCUGAUACUUACGUAACAUUUUAUCGUGUGCAUUCGUUUCGUGGGUUUGUUAUAUACAUUUCUGUGUCCGAGGGAUGACAAAUGGGCUGGAAAACGUGGCCAUUGCGAAUCAUCAAACGACGAACUCUAGGCUUCUAUAAGCACACGCAGAAAACGAGGACAAGAAUAGAGACACGCAUCGUUCCUACCCGCGAUAUUUUCAUCCAUUUUAAAGAUAGAGUUAUGCGAAAUAAGCCAGAGUGUCGUUUGCUCUUGUUCUAUAAGAAACUCGCUGGAUGUUGCACUGAUUUUUAAGGCAACCGAAAAAUACGGAUGAGAUAAAAGCAUGCUUGCGGAAUACGGUUGAAAAAAGUGUUAUCUUUUGGAGCGAGACAUAUGAAACAAGGCGUAAAUGUAGCGAGGCGAUGCGGAAAGGGGCUUUGACUGACGGUCCUCAUUCUUGUACAGAAUUUCAACAAACAAAAAAGAAAUACAAAUCCUAAGAUAUAUAUUUUACAAGCGUGACACGCUGGCUGGCCGAUGAAAUGAGAUGCGCAUGCAAAUGGCUUCUCGAUUUUCGCUCGAGGCCGGCAAUGGCACUACACUGAUGCAUAGUAGGAGUUAAGGAUUUUUAAAAUUAGCUUGAUACAGGCAUGAAAAUAAAAGCGAAAUAGAGUCAGGUUAAACUCCUAGGAAGAAACGAGCGCCCGAUGAUCGCGUGCUAAGUAUGAAGACAAAUACGAUGUAGUAAUGAGGAUGUAAGAGUUUAUCGAUUGUUCCAGGUGAAUAAUCGUCGCGCGCUCGUCACUUCCUCCGAUCAGCGCACUGAGCGCUUAACAAGUAAGGAAACUUUAGCCUUUAAGAUUAACAAUGGAGAAAUUAAGAUUAAUAAAGCCAAUGUCACGGGACCCUUUGCAGCUCUCGCGAGGUGCUACUUGCGUGCUUUCUUCGCUGCGUCGUAAAGCGCUCAGGACUUACGAUAACUGCGGGUUGUCGGAUAAUGAGCCGGCAAAUUGUCCAAGUGAUUUUUCACGCGAUGAGAUAAUUACCAGCGAUCGAGCUUGAAUGUUUUGGCUUUAUUGAGUUUCUAUUCUGUGAUCAUUGAAAUUCUGAAGAAAAAAUCGCUGAGGGAUAUGAACAAUCAUUUUUACUCUCGUUUAUGUAUCUCAAAUUUUUGAGUUAAAGAUGUUGCAGUAACAUUAAUACAUACAGUUUCGAAUUACAAAUAUCACAGAAAAGGAACACUCUCUAAAGUAAAAUGUUUUCAAGACGACGUUCGUUUUUGUGAGACCUAAUUACUGGGGGACACUAGGUCAAAGAUAAUUGGCGGCAUCCUGUUACUGUGUCGUACAUACAUUCGAGUGUGUUGACAUACUCUUUUUUUAUAAUUUUCAAUUUUUUGGUUUUAAUGAUAAGUAUUCUAACACGCACACUAACAUAAUGACGUACCGAAGUGCGCACACAACAACACUCGAGUCACAUGUUACACAACACAGAACGGACUGAAAGAUUUUGAGCAAAAGACGACACGUCGAAGCAAAGACAAAGAACUUACAGUUUCUUAGUUUAAGUAGUGGCUUAGAGACACAUAGAUCUUAACCUAAACGUAAAUUCUUAGUAAGUUUAAGAGGGAGGAGGAGGCGUAAACGUUGAACGUUGAACAUAUCGCACGUUGCAAAGCUUCUACAUACGAUUAUCAAUUUUAUUAUAUACUUCCAAAGCCUAGCAAAUGGAGCUUAAAAGAAAUAGAAACGUCCGUUGAUUUCUAUUAAUCAUUCGAAUAGUUGUGUAAGAUUUUACGCACGUUUUUUAACUUGGAAUUGCUAACGCCUGAAGGAAAAGACAGAAUUGAAAUCGUAAGCAGAGCUUUGCAUCAAAUCAAGCCCUCAAGGAGUGUACUAAAAAUAUCGCUAGGCUCUAAAGUAUCAAUCGUUACUCGCGAUUAAUAUUGCGUGGCUAUCUAUUGUAGCCGGUACAUUAUACUUUCGACAAGGCAAGAUCUCGCGACGAGAAACUCUCUGAUUUGGUCUGAAUCGACACGAUAAAUAAAAGGGAUAAAAAAAAACAGAAAAAAAAAAUUAACAUGAACAUUGACGCAUCUGUCGGAGUCAAUUAAAUUCUAACGAUACAUACAGUAGAAUGUGAGGCUGCGUACGAACGUGAAUGAUAAAGAAUGUGCUUCGUUAGUUGAGCGUGUUAAGUAUAGAAAUGCAAGGAGAGGAAGUUAGUAGGUUUUGCGAGAAUUGAUGUUUAGAAGAAGAAAUAAAUAAUGUCACAAUCAAGCGAGUGCCGGCCCACAGGUGAAAAGUGCACGGCUAAGAAGGGACUAGUUUGUGCCAAAGUAGGCUAGAUAUUAGACUUCUAGGCAAAAAUUUCCUUAAGCUGAUCAUUGCAAGUCGUCGAUCACGCAUAUUCCGUUAAUAUAGUUUUUUCCCUUAAUUUGAAUAGGUCAUGUUAGUUUUCGAUCAAUUUUUUAACAUUGACACUUGAGCAUUCUCUAGUACAACGAUAUUGGAAAAUGUCGUCUUUUAUUAAUCGACUACAUCAUUUUUUAAAUCGAUGACUUGAAAUGUUGGAACGUUGACCAAUAAGUAAGGAAAGUAGUGAGUAGCCGGCAUGAGCAAAGGGGCCAGUCUUUGCAUCUUCAAUGAUCUGUCUUUCGAAUCUCUCUGAUAGCGUCGUCUUAUCUUUCAAAUCUUCUCGAAUCAUGCAAAUAUAAAAAGCUACGCGUCGAUGAAGACUUUUAGUAUUAUUUUAUUUUACAAAAGUAUUUUAUUGAGUCAUAGGUUUUUAUUUUCAAACUACCUCCUUCCUCUUUCUAUAUAAAGUUUAUUUUUCACUUUUUGUAAGUGAUGUAUCUUUGCCUAUAAGUUUCUCUUCUACAACUUUUUGCCUGCUUUAUUAGUCUUAGGAUAAAUGCGUAUUAUGUACUUUUCUAUUAAAUUGCCCAGUACUACGAUCAUUUUGCAUUCAUUUAAUUCCAUUGAAGAUUUGUGACAUGCGAAUAGAAAGCGAUAGGAUAUCGCGCGUUUUCUUCUUUUCUUUUUAUUUUUUAUUUAUCGUGAAUUAUACUGCGUUCUUCUGACCUGCCAAAUUUGAUGAAAUGACAAAAGAAUAUAAUUACCAGGAUUAUUGCUCUUGCCAGCCUUCCGUUUUUUCAGUGAAGCAUCGUUUUUUAAGAAAGGAAAUGCACAAAUGUUAACUUCCAAAUAUUUUCACUGUCAUUGUAAUUAAUUUAUGAUUGCACAAUUUAAAAAAGUCCUUUUUAACAAUUUUACAUGUUAAAUUCAAUUAUUUAAAAUAUUGUGAUAUCAUAAUUUCUUUUCUUAACCAACGUAUGCAUGUAAUGAAGCGGAUGGCUUGAGGGACUAUCACAUGUAGCUGUGUUGAGGGGGGCCGAGGUGAGGGUUGGGUUAGCCAGCGCUCGCUACAAGGUGUCAUAAUGAUUCGGACGCCGCGGUUGAGAUAUCUUCUAAGCUUGUAUUUAUCAAAGUCCUGACAACGUAGUGCAUACAAAUUUUGUUUAAAUAACACCUGGACCAUAUUAAAAUGAUAUUAACAUUUAACCGAAUAAUUUGUCAUGAAGAGAUGACAAAAGAAGCGGGGUCCGAAUCGAGCCACGUAGUAGUAAAAAUGCUUAGCCUACAGAGCGUAUUAUAAAUAAAUAUUAAAGAUUAAAACGAGAAUAUAGAAUAUAUUAUUAAAAAAAUAAUAAUAAAUAAAGAGUAACAAGACAUUCAUAAGUGGCAAUUUAUGCCCGUAAACGUUUAUGAUACGUAUAUACAUAAUCCCUAUAUAUUUGAUAUAUCGCUGGUUUUGCGACAAGGUGUCCAGAAAACAAAAGUACGCAAACGGUUGCAUUAUGAUGUUCUAUAUUUUAUUAAAAAGCAAAAAAGAUAAAGAGAGACUAUCGCGGUUUAUAAAUUCCACUCGGUAUGUAAAAUAAUCUUCAUUUAUACUAUUUACUAAUGAUUUAAAUACACACUAUCGCAUAUAUCCAUCGCAUUCAGAAUUUUUACAAUGUAUUUUUUGCGUGGAUUCUAUUAUUAAAAAAAAGAUUUUUUUUUAAAUAUUUACGAAUACUUUAAUCUUUUCUUAUUUGUUUAAUUUAAAACGCUCUGGUUUUAAUUGCAUGCCAUCUUUAUACAACGUAUCUGAAGUAAAAAGAAACUAUUAAAAGAAGGAAAAUUACGGGUCUGAACCACCAGAGAUGAGUAGACAAAGUUUCUAAAACACAGGGUGAAAUGAUUAGACAAACCACGAAAAACAUAACGUUCGAAAAGUGCGUGAAAAGUUGAUAAAGCACAAGACGAGCAAAAGCGCGAGAAAGUAGGCGUAAAAAUAAGAAGGCUUACACUUCACAAAGAAAAUGGGUUGAACACGCUGGUUUCUUAGUUUCCGUUUCACCGAUAUUCUUGUAGAAGCUCGAUCUGUUUGCUUACAAGUACGCGUAAUUUUGCUAAAAAUGUUGCUUUGAUAUAAUUUUAACCGAUUUUUAUUGUAGCGUUUUUUUAAAUAAUUGAUCUAUAGACGUAUGCAAUAAUACACGAAAAAAUACUUUUAACAAAACUGAUCGAGUUUUCUCAUUUGUAAAACGAAUUAUUAAACGUAAUUUAAUGCCUUAUAUUAUGCUAUUCAAGCCUAUUUAUACACAGCAAGAAAGCGCGUGAACAGUCACAUUGUUUUUAAGGUUUUUUUUAAUCAUAACAGAAAAAGAAUGCAAAAGUAUUAAAGAGCAAGAGGACACCUUCGAAAAGGCCGAACUCCCUCUUAGGUAAUAAUGAAAAGAAAAAAUUACAUCGUCGCGGGGUAAGAUGAUUCAACUAGUUGACAUAGACAGUAGGUCAAAUCGUAGUGAUUGAAACGAUGAAAAAAGAGAAUAAGCGUUCGUAUAAGAAAAAUAAUAGUAUCUUCUAGACUUGUAUUAGCUCCUUUUUACACUUUAAAGAUGAUAAAAAAAUAGCAAAAUGCUCCAAUCACUAUAUGUACAGUCAAAAUGACAAUCACUCUCUCUACCGACAACUGACAAUGGGAAACCCCCUAGCUGUUUCUAAGCUGCCACGCACGAACUCUGUUCAAUUCAGUAAAUCAUUAACAGUUUUUUUUUGUUUUAUCGAAUACUUAUUUUACUGUUGAAUACCGAAUCAAUCUCUGACAACAAUUGUAACUGCGCUCGAAAUUCUUUUGAAGUGUGUUUUUUUUGCGUAAAUUCUGAGGAGAAGAUAAUUGCUCCGAGGACUCUAGCAAUGUCAUGCUUUUCGAAAAGUGAAUAAAACAGUGAUAUAUGCGUUGAGUAGAUGGAGCAAUCGCCUUAUCUUCACUGUGAAAUCAUAAUUAAGUAUUUUCAAAGGUCUUACAGCGACUCGCAUUACGGAUGAUUGUAACAUGGACAUAUCCAGGCCUUGUUCAGUACAAACAAUUUUAUAUUCUUCGAUCGUGCGAUUUCCACGCCUUGACACGUCUUGUCACUAAUUCUACUUUUCCGUCAAUCUUGACUGUUACUUUCUCCUUCUACGUCCCUGUCGCCUUCAAUGCCCAAUCACUAUAUCUAUCCGAAUUUCCAAUUUUACGGAUUAACCAGCUAAAAAGAGUUAUAAGUAUUUAAAAAAAAAAUAAAUAAAAAAAUGCGACAUCGGUACUGGGCCAGGAAUUGCGUUGCAAGUCACAAUCAGCUCGACUCCGACAAGAUAAAUCAUUUUUUAUGAAAAACGAGAACAAUUGUCAGAGCGAGCGUCUUAAACAUUAAGCUCCUUAUAGUUAGUUGAUUAGAGAUUAGUCGAACAUCCGGAACGAAUGAGGAAAAGAAUACAGUUGUAUGAUAACACUGUACGUCGACGAUGAUGCAAAACUUUGCGGUUACUCGUUUAAGUUUUUUUUUUUAUAAUAAAAAGGAGUCUGUUGUGUAGGACCUUUGUCAAUCGAGCGGAGAUGCGAAAUGGUUAGUUUAGAUUUAGUAAAGCGUAUAUAGUUUUAUGAAAGCGAAAAUGAGCGCCAAUUUAUUACACUCACAUAAAUCAUAGACACGCACACAUAUACACACACGAAGAAAAGUGAAAAAAAAAUGAGUCAGAACUGUACAUCGACGUAAUUGUUUGAUUCUGAGCCAUAUAAACUUUUCUUACACUCUCAAUCAUCGUGAUAUUUUGAGUGUUUGGAAAAGAGUUUAUGAUUCGUGUUAAGCACACGCACUUCUAUGUUUGGUUCUGAGCUCAAAAUUGAAAGAGUAAGACAACAUAAUACGUGUAAGAUGCGUAAUACAUACACACGCGUGCAACUAUCGGCAGUCGUUUUCGUCAAAAAUUCUAUGACGGACUUGACGAACUAUCACACAACGACGUCUUUGAGCAAUCUCGCUUAAAGACUUCUUCCGUACGAUCACUCAUUCUUACACUUUCUACAAGAUGCCCUGCCCGUUUAAUUUCAAAGAUUGUAUGCGAUUCUACUCUAAAAUAUGACACUUCUUUAUCAAGUAUUUUUUUAAAUAUAUAUUUUACUUUAUUAGGAAUGUUUCUUAAUUAAUCGUGCAGCUAGCAUCUUCUUCAUGAAGCACUGUGCUAAUUACUGUUAUACACUAUUCACUGUAAUAUCGCUACUAUUUUUUUUUAUUUCGUUAGUUAAAAAUAACGAUUCUUAUGCUAUGAUUAUUAUUACUAUUAUAAACUUUACUAUUACUAUAUCUAAAACUCUACUUUUUAUCUUCAUUUUAUAUUACUUAAUAAUUGAAAACCUAAAUGACCGCCGUUGUUUUCGUAGAAGCAAUACAUUAUUUAAUGAUUUAUUUUUUAUAUUUACACAUGAUGGGCUGCUCUUACCUGCAUGCACCUCGUUAACUACAAUUUUCUGUGUUUUUUUUCGUUUAUAAGCAUUGCAUAGAAAGAUAGAGUUGUAGGGAACUGCAUUGUGUAAGUCCAGUUUAAGAUAGCGUUUAGCUUUAUGCGUGUGCCUCCAUCGACGAAAGGCUAAAAAUAUUUUACUUUUAUACACUAUCACCACAAACCCCUGUCUCGCUAUGUUUCGCCAGUAGUUUUUAUAUUUGUUAUUGUACUCUCAAAAACCUAUGUAAGCGUUUUUAAUUUUUAAUUCGUCUACUUACUACUGUCUACUUUAUCACUACUACUACUAUACUAUUACUACUAUAACUUCUGAACUAUUGUAGUUGCGUCUACCCUAUCUACGAUCUAUGCUACUUAGAUUAUCUAUCACUAUACUACUUCUACUAUGCUAUCAGUUUUGAUUUUUCUUCUUUCUUCAAAUCGCUACAUUUACUGUUCAACUCCUAUAACUAUAAUACUACUAUUAUUACUACUACUACUAUCGCAUUAUUACUGUAUUUAGUGUUACACGUAAUUAACGUCCAAUCUCUAAGAACUACUUUAUUAUUUAACACUCUUUAAAUUCGCCAAUUUUUUGAAUUGAUAAUACGCUGGUACGAAUGCGUGCUAUCGCAUUUUUAUUUGAAUUUCUUAUAAAAUACUUUUUUGUUUUUUCCACUUCUGUCUCUUAAAUUGUCGUCAGAUAAGUACUUGCAACAUAUGAGCAGACGAAAUAUAUAUAUCCAAUGUAAUAAACCUACCCUGAUUUUUUUUUGUUCUUUUUUACACCCUCUACUUUUCACACUCUGUAUACGUAUUCUAUUUUUAAUGUGUGAUUUUUUCCAGGAGUUUCCCUGUGUUUCUCCUCCUGCGUUUUCCCUUCAAAUUUCCUAAAUGCUAAAGUUUCAUUGAUGUAAAAGCAGUUUAUUUAUUACACUAUACUCAUGCGCACAACAAUUUUCAUCAAAGAAACAUUAGUAUUAUAAAAAAAAAACUUUUACAGUGAUCUUCUAAAUUUCAGCUUAUAUAUAUCCAUCGACUCUCUUUACUUCACCUUCGUUUUCACACGCCAGAAUCGUAUAUAUAACUACAUCGGAAAGUCAAGGGGAUUCAUCAAACGAUCAAAAGGAUUGCUGUUAUCGGCACAUGUUAAUUGAACAGAAACGUACAAUUUCUUUAAACAACGCGUGAAUGAUAAUAAAAGAUAUAGCUAUCGGUCUCUAACCGACUAACUAAUCGAGCCUGCAUGAAAAAUUUUACGACUCAUGAAGUUUAUAAUGUUGACAAAAUUCGCACAAUUCAAAGUGAUAUUUAAGUGCGCUAAUUUUAUUCAGCAUUUUUGCUCUGUGCACUUAAACUUUGUUCUAAACAAAAAAGAAGUACGCGUCAGUUGGUUAGAUGGAAUCUUGAUUCUCGUACAAUUAUUUUAAACUUAUUAACGACUACAUAAUAUAUACGAUAAAUUAUUUAAACUAUGUAAACGAAUGUGAUAUCGUUAUUUUAAGAAUGCAUACGAAAACAAAUAUUAUAUAAUUGAGCAAAAACGAGAAAAAACAAAGAAAACAGAUUUUAAUGCUUUUAAUAUUAAUUCUGUGCGAGAUUCAAGAGAAAACGAUGAUUUCUCUCACGCACAACAAAAGUUCGCCCGGAACAAUCGUUAGUAAUUGUGCCUAGAUGUUUUUCCAAACAAUCGUAUUCUAUGGGAUCAACGUCGCUUUUCCUCCUCGCGGAAGUGAUACAAAAAAGAGAUGAUAAAUCGAUACGAUACGAGAAAAAAUAUAUGGGGGGAGCAGAGACAAAUUUUAAAGAGAAAAUAAAAACGAAAAAAAGACGGGAGUUCGAGCAGUGUUUUGUGGUUCGUAUACCGAACUAUACACAAUUUUCCUUCCGUAAUGCUCACAUGUCUUCGGAAAUCGCGCGGACUAUCGUUUUUUAUAUUUAUUUCGGCAAUCAUCAUAUCUACACAGUGUCUAUUUACUAUUACUAUUUACUACCAUCACUGCUACUAUUACUAUACUUUACCAUACUACUGUACUAUACACUCACGCUCUGCAAAGAAAUUUUCAUAUCUGCAUUUAUGGAAAGAAAAAAAUAAGAGAAUGUACGGGCAAGCAAAGGCAACAAAGAAUUACGAAUCAAGUAUCUUGUACCCUAUAACGAAUUUCGUGUACCUAUGUAGAGCACUAUAUCUGUCUGUACUAUAGUAUAUGUUCUAUACACUAACACACACACACACACAUAUAUAUAUAUAUAUAUAUAUAUAAAGAUACCUUAUCUAUACUAUGUAAUUAUCACUAUAUAUUUUGCUACGUUAUUUUUUCAACUUCAAAUUCUGUCGCAAGUCGAUUACUCGAAGUCGAAUCGAGGAUGCUUCGAUUCACGUCGAGCGACGAUGUGCGACUGAAGAACUUAACUGAUUUUUCCAAGUCUUCGAAUGUUUUUUCAACGAAUAUAAAACAGAAAAUUACGAAAAGAUAAUGGGCGUUACGAGGACGCUCGAAUGUGAAAAAGAAUAUCACAUUUGUCAUGGCCUAUCUAUAUCUAUACUAGUAUAUAUAUAAAUAUAUGAAUUGUUUAAAAAUUGAAGUGGAAUGUUUCAGUAUAGAAAAAAAAACGAUCGGGACGUAUCAACUCGACAGGAUUACGCGUCGUAAAUAAUUUACGUCCUUAAUAUUUUCUUGUAAGCUUCUUUUAAUUGUUUUAAAGAGAAAUUCAACUUCGCAGGCAUUCCGCAGAAGAAAUAAUAUGUUUCGAAGCAACUUUUUUAAAUGCUUUUUCAUGUUACAAUGUAUAUUUUAAAAUGAAUAAUAAGAAAACUAUACUUGUGUUUUAAGAAAAAAAACGUACGUCUUAUUGAUUUUACUUUUGUUAUAUUUGUUCGAAAGAUUUUUUACAUCAUAUUCAAUAGUUUACCUCUUCGUAUAUAUAUAUAUUCAAGCUCGAAAAGUGACUCUUUAGCAGCGCCGUGUUUGCAGCCUAUAUAUGAAUUUCAAAUUACCUGCUGUAUACGACGGAAGUCAAACAUCGAAGCAAAAGUGCUCUCUACUCUCGUUUCCUCGCCUAAGAAUUACGACUUCUCUAUUGCAUGACCAGCUGUCGUCUAUAUUAUCUUCUCUCAUUCUCUCUCUCUCUCUCUCUCUCUCUCUCUCUCUCUCUUGCAUACAUUAUAAAUAAUACACCCAAAAGAAGUCACGUCGAGUCCUGAAAGAGAAUAUUUUUUCAUGCACUGCUCAUACAUACAUUAUAUACGACUAAGACUUGUGAUUCACGAAAUAUCUUUCGUACGACAAUCAAUUUUCGACUCAUGAUUAUUUAGCUCUCUACAGUAGGGCGCAUGAAAUGUUCUACUAGACGAGGCUCUCUUUCCAGUGUACAGUAUACAUGUGUGAAUCAAAUUGACCUGCGACAUGAAAGCAAAAAAUUACACACACAGAUGACACACAAUCGCACACAUGCGCGCUCAAAAGCAAAAAAGAGGAGAGGCGAUAUCAUUAUACACUUAUAGACGUCGUAAAAGUAUUUUAUAAUUUUAAGGACUUUUUUUAUUGUAUUGAUCUUAGGCGACGUAUAAACGCGGUAUCUCUAAGAUAAUGCCCAAUCGAGACAAAGGUCGAAAAAGAAAAUGAGAGAAUCUUGUUUAAUAAGCAUUUUGAAACUUAUAUUGUGUAGGAUGUAACUGUAAUAUGAAAAAAGCAAGCGAUCGAUCACAAUCGCGUCUUGCGUAAUUAUGUCUGUCCGUGGACGGAGAGAAAUCAUUCCAAUGUGUGCUCGUAAGAAAAGUCAAGAACUUCCAAGAUUUUAUUUGUUUCGACGAUUUAUUUUUUAGUAAAAAAUUAAAUGCAUUUUUUUAAGAAAAUUGUUUUGUUUUCGUUUUUGUUACACUUGUGUUCUUAUGUUCUUAUACAAGACUCCGAAGAAUCAUCCUUCCACAAACCAUUGUUUAUACUAUUUUUCGUUUGUUCUGUUGUAAACGUCCGGAAUUUGUUUUUUUUCUGUACACAUUAGUAUUGCAAGGCGAGAAAAAAAAUCGAAUUUUUAAAUAGGAAAGAUCUGCGACUACUAAGUAUAUAUUUUUUAAUAAAAACACGGUGAAUCGUCGAGAAAACGUACAGUUAGUUUUAAUCUAGAAAUUACGAAUUUAAUAGCCAAUAAGCUCGUUAUUUAUAAAAUAGUUGUUCCUCGGAUAAUAAAGUCUGCUCGGAUAGAUAUUCUUCUCAUGCGGAUCGACCAUAUACUUUUCUAUUAUCAGGUAUAUGUAUACAUUCAAAUUUGAUUUUAUAAAAUCUUCUAUAUUGAUGUAUAUAAAUUCAACAAACUAUACUGAAACUCAUAAAACUUUUGAUUGAUAUUAUUUAUUACGUACAGUUUUUACAAGCAAAAUUUUGAAAGUAACAUUUUCUACACAGCAAAUCCUGAAGUAUUCUAGUAACUUUCGUAUCUCACGGAAAUUAAAAGACACUAUAAUUGAUUAACGACUUUCAGUCUAUGAUAAAAUCUGAACUGAAUAAAAAUAUACCUAUAUAUAUUCACUACUAGCUGUAAAUUUCGGCGUAUGAUAAAAAUAUCGUUGUUAAAACUUCACUAAAAGGAAUGAGAGACAAAGAAAAAAAUUAUACAUAUAUAAUAAAACUACGUUACAUAGAUUCCUCUUAAUGCCGAGCCCAAAACCAAUCGAGUGUCUCGUCGCGAUUAUAAAACAAUAUAAUUAAUAAAAUAACGGAAAAUAAAACAAAAUAUAAAAUCUAUAGAUAGCGAGAACCGUUGUCGAAUUUUAGGUCCAGAGCUUUUCCCGCCUUCUUCGAGUUUAUCUUUUGUCAAGAGGAGAUGCAAAUUCGAAAAAAAGCGCGAAAGAAGAGAACGGCGAUAAAUCAGAGGUAUUAGUAGAUAUGCGCAUCGAGAAGAUUACAAGGUUGAUGAUGAUGAGAUUAUGCUAAUGCGUGCAAGUGAUCGAAUGAGAGAAAACAGAAAGUCUUAUGUAGUUAUAAAUACAACAAGAAAUAUAUUAUAUGUAUAAUAAUCAUAAUGAAUACAAUCGAGAGAGAAAUACUGAUGAUGGAUGAGAUGAGAGAGAAGAGAUUUUUUCGAGGUACCUACUACGUUAUAAAUGAAGCGGGAGUUAAAGAGGAGAAACCGUUUAGGGGUAUAGAGUCAAUUGCGAAUCAAUAUUACGUAAACUAUUAAUUAAAGCAGAUGUAUAUCACUGUAAACCGAGAAUAUCAAUUAUUCGCAGCAGUGAUGUUUCGACGACGAGUACCGCACUGGUGAGAUAAGCGUUUAACGCAAGCUAUUAGCUCUGUUUCCGGUGACAUCAGUCGUAUAGAGUGAAUUGUUUGUGAGGUAUGCAGGGAUGUCCAUUGGGACUUUAAGAAGUCUGCCUUUUAUCAGGUACGAUGAUAUGUCAGCCGCAAAAAGUUUUUAUUUUUAUUCAUAUAUUUAUUGUUGUUGAUUUUAUACGGUUAACGGUUAAAAUUAUAUACACUCGAAUAUAUUGGAAUUUAUUAUUUAACCGCUAACGCAAAUAUUUUUAACAAAACCAAUCACCGAUUGAUACUUACUUUUGGUAAACCAAAAAAAGUUAACGAGUUAGUUUUAUCUAUUUUCAUAUCACUUUUGCAAAUUCUGAUUUAAGCAUAUUCAGCUGUUUCGUCAUUUGAAAAUACAAUAUUGCCCUAAGUCCUUCUGUUUUUAGACAUUAGAUGAAAAAUAUAGAAUUUAAAUAAACAAAAAUUCAAUCACGCGUGGUUUACAAGAAAAUUGUAACGAUCAAUUAUUAGUAAAAAAAAGAUAAUAAAAGGAGGAGAGCAUGCUCGUUUUACACGGUUUUCAAGAAAAGUGUGAAGAAUUUCAUAGUUUAUCAAAAAUUAUUAAAUGCGAUUCGUUAUAUCAAUCUAUCGUUUACUAUUCGCCGUCGUAUAGUCUAAAUUUAAUAAAUAUUUGCACGUACGACUUCUUAUUUAUAAGUACAAUCAUUGCAUGCUCAUUCAAUACAAGACCGUAAUCAGAUAUUGAAAUUAGUGUUGAGUAGAUGAAUAUCCUGAAGCUAAAAAAAUUGAAAGACACUUCUAUUAAUGAAUAUUUGUUAAAUUUAGAAAAUAACAUGGGCCUAAAAAUGCAUCCAGAAAAAAGAUUCACUCUUUUUUUUGAAGAUGGUAACUGGAUAAGUUGUCAACUAGACGGAGAAACGAUGUCGCGAACGCGGCACACAGUACGAGUAAGGAAAGUAAUAUGUACGGUAUCGUUGCGGACAUAUUAAAAAUAUCAUUAAAAUUAUUAUUGGAGCAAGGCGUCGACGUUAUCCAUUACGUUAGAACGAAUAUAUUAUAUAUAAAUAUAUAAAUAAAUAUAAAAAAAAUUAUGAGCAGCAUAAAAAAAAUACAUAUUAUAUUUAGAUUUAUAUGAGCAUAAAUAAAUGUACAAGAGUGAAGAUAUGAACGGCGAUGACAGAGGGAAGUAAGAAAAAGUGAACGGAGGAGAAGAGAGGGUUGUGUAUAGACACGAGAAAUGGCGACUGUAAAAACAAAAUACAAGUGACGACACGCGGAGAGUGUCGAUCGGCCGCGUGCGCGUAGGAUUAUUAUCGAUCACUAGCGUUACACAUUGUCAUUAAAUAAUUAUAUACUACAAAUUGCGAUAACGAUUACGUCGCUAACGUUAUGAUUGUCGUGUAUAGAUAAAGAAAUAAAAACUUAGCAGCUCGUCGAGACUUCAGUAUUAUAUAUACAUACAUAAAACGCCGAAACGAGGGAACGGUGAUAUAUUAUAUAAUUAUAGUCUCUUAUCUAACGUACGAGGCUCCGAUUUUUCUUUCGUAUAUCUUUUUACUUGUUCGUAUAUUGUCCUAGCAUUAAUCGUCAAAGUUCGAAUCGUUUCAUGACAAAUAACCUACAGGUUCUUGUGAUAAGCUCAAAUUGUGAAUAUUUUGUACAAUGAAUUGCGGAAAAAUAAUUCUAAUUUUGCUUUUUGUACAUUGACAAUAUUUUUUAACGAAGAACUUCUAGGCCUCAAGUAAGCGAUUGUGUCGUGUACGUUGUUUCGAAUAUUAUCAUUCCUUCUGCUGUUCAACGAGAUUCAGCCUAAAAGAGGGCGGUUUUAUUGUUUAGAGCGCAUGGCAAAUAAA